AUGGCAGUGAUAAGUUCUUUGCGAUGGAGAAUUUCGGAAAUACAUGUACCAUUCCGAGAAGCUGUUAUAAACUAUCCCACCAGAACACCGAUAGAGAACCUGGAAGCCGCAUUGGCCAAAAACCUUCAUUACCAAAACCCCGCUGCUAAUAUGGAAGCGGAGGCACAAGCAGAGAAGCAGAAGGCUGCUACGCCACAACGUCCGGGGGCGCCCCCCAAUCAGCCACAAAAACCCGAAGAUAAAGACUCACCGGAAUACAAGAAGAAGAUGGCCUUACAGACUCUCCCCCUUCUAGAAACCACGAACAAUUCAGCCAGCUACGGAAUGUCGGAGUCGCUAUUUACAUCGCUGAAGGAUAUAUUUGAGUCGAUCGUGGCGAGCCAGGCUCGUCUUGGUAUAACAAGACCACAGCGCUUGUUGGAACUCCUCCGUCGGGACCAUGAGAUGUUUCGGACUGCCAUGCAUCAGGAUGCCCAUGAAUUCUUGAUCCUUUUACUGAACGAGGUGGUAGCGAAUGUCGAAGCGGAGGCCAUGAAGCAGCCCGAGAAGAGCUUGCCACCCCCCGAAAGCAUGGAAUCCUCACAACAGUCAUUAAGUUCUGGUUCCAAGACCCCCAACACUACGCGAUGGGUGCACGAGUUGUUCGAAGGAACCUUGACGUCCGAAACACAAUGUCUGACCUGCGAGAACGUCUCUCAGCGAGAUGAGAUCUUCCUGGAUCUGUCGGUUGAUCUGGAACAGCAUUCGUCGGUGACCUCGUGUUUGAGGAAAUUCUCCGCAGAAGAGAUGCUCUGCGAGCGGAAUAAAUUCCACUGUGACAAUUGUGGCGGUCUGCAGGAGGCAGAAAAACGGAUGAAAAUCAAACGUCUUCCCCGCAUCUUGGCUCUCCAUCUCAAGCGCUUCAAAUACACGGAGGACUUGCAAAAACUGCAGAAAUUGUUUCACCGAGUUGUCUAUCCGUAUCACCUGCGUCUUUUCAACACAACGGACGAUGCGGAGGAUCCUGACCGAUUGUACGAGCUGUAUGCAGUCGUGGUACAUAUUGGAGGCGGUCCCUACCACGGUCACUAUGUGGCUAUUAUCAAGACGCAGGAUCGCGGCUGGUUGCUCUUUGAUGAUGAGAUGGUGGAGCCUGUGGACAAGAACUACGUGCGUAACUUCUUCGGAGAUAAACCCGGACUCGCCUGCGCCUACGUUUUGUUCUACCAGGAAACCACUAUGGAGGCUGUCAUGAAGGAACAAGAACAGGAGGAUCUCAAUGCCACCAUGGCAGAUCUCAAUCUGAACGAGGUCGCCGUGAAGCAGAAUGGAUUCAUCUCACCGCCCGCGCUAUCUCAUGUUCAUAGUGCAUCGCAAAUCCCCUCGCAAGAAGACCCUCACCGAUUCACAGGCCUGAAACGCGCCCCGACGGCGCCUCAGCUCCCGACCCACACCGAGCAUAUCGGCGCCGAAGCCGUUCCUCCGCAUAGUCCGGCAGCCGUGCCCCCUCCGGUGCCCCCGAUUCCUGAGGUCCACACGCGACCACUGAGCCCCAAGAAGAGUGACGUCCAAUCCAAGAAGGAACGGGCCAAGGAGGAAAAGGAACGGAAAGCAGCCGAAAAAGAGCUAGAAAAACAGCGCCGGAAGGAGCAAGAAGCUCGGUUCAAGGAGAACAAAGAGAAUCAGCGGCGCGAGGAAGCUGAGAUUAAGGCUGCGAUCGAGGCCAGCCGAGCGUCCAAGGCCGAUGAAGACCGACGCAAUGACAGUGGCAAGAGUGGUGGAUUGAGUCGACUCAAACGAGGCAGCAAGAGCUUCAGCCAGAGACUGGGCAAGGACAAGGAAAGUCGGGCGUCAUCGUCCGGCUCCCCCGCAGUGCCCAAUUCCGAGACGUCCAGUUCAAGCAAUAUGCCACCUGAGCCACUCCAACCCUUGUCACCCCAGAAGAUAACGCCUCCCGAUACACUUCUGGUCCCUCACGACGAUGAUCCGGAUUCUCUUAAGAGCCCUAAGAGCGAUCGACAGACUCAUGGGAAAUGGCGGAGUUUCAGCAUUAGAAAGAAGUCCUUCAGCAUUCUUUCGUGA